UAUAUUACUGUUGAGAGUUAUGUUGUAAUUAUAUUUUUUUAACAUAUGUUAGUCUGGAUGUUAAAAUAUUUUGAUUAUUAUCAUAAAUAGUAAAUAUGGAUGAAUUUGAUUUGCCGGAUGAUUUAGAAGAUGUCGAGGUAAUUUACUCGGACGGUGAAGAUGAUGGUGAGGAAAAUAUUGGGGAUAUGUUAGAUGUGGUUAAUCUUAAUGAAACUGAUGAAGAAAUAGAAACUGAAAUUAUAGAUUUAGCCCUUUUAACAUUUAACAAACACAAUAAAUCAAUUUUUUCCUCUGAUUUAAAUGAAACUUCAGAGUUAGCAGUUACGGGAGGUGAAGAUGACAUUGCAUAUUUAUGGAAUACAAAUAAUGGAGAGGUUUUGUUGGAGUGCACAGGACAUAAGGAUUCUGUAACCGAAGUAGGCUUUAAUCGCAGUAGCCAGUAUAUAGCUACAGCUGAUAUGAGUGGUAUGGUGCAGGUUUGGAAUGUGAAUGAAAAGAAACUAGUUUGGUGCUAUGAAGGAGAUGAUAUGGAAUGGUUAUUGUGGCAUCCUAUAGCUAAUGUGCUUUUCUGUGGUUGUCAUUCUGGUGAUAUAUAUAUUUGGCAGAUCCCUCAAGGUAAUUGCAAGGUAUUGCCCUCGCCCAAUAAUUCUUCAUCUACUUGUGGAAAAGUGUUACCUAAUGGCAAACAGGUUCUAGCAGGAUAUGAGGAUGGAGUGUUAAGACUUUGGAAUAUUAAAGAAAUCAAUGUGGAAUGGAGUAACUCCCAAAAUUCGACAAUAACUAAUCUAGAUAUCAAUACAGACGGAUCAUUAGCAAUAGUAGCACCUAGUGCAAUGGUAAUAAAAUUAACAGAUGGCAAGCCUAUAGCUAAUUUACUUCCAAAUGGAGAAAGUGAAAUAGAAUGUGGUUUAUUUAAUAGUGAACUUGGGAUAGUGGCUACAGGUUCUUUGUCUGGCAAGCUAUGUGUAUGGGAGUUAGGAAGGCAUGCUUUACGACAUGAGGCCAGAAUUGAAUGUGCUGUAACUCUUUUAAAGUGGGGAAAAAAUGGAAAAAUAUUUAUUGGUGCAACAGAUGGUGCAGUUUAUGUAUGUGAUGUUAAAAGUGGUAUGUUAUUGGAGACACUGACGGGUCAUCGAACUGAUAUUUUAAGCAUAUCUGUCUUCUCAGAUGGUAAUAAAAUCUUAACGACAUCAGAUGAUGGAAGCGCAAAGAUAUUUGCUAUAAAGUCAAGUUAACUUUUAAUCUUUUAUAGAUUUUUAUAACUAAAUUUUUGAUAAAUUUAACUUCAGAUUUCAUCUUUAUGUAACCAGAUAAAAAUAUUCCAAAAGCUUUUUUGAUGUCUAUGUAUAGCCAUGUCAUGCUUCAAAAUUAAAUAUGUGAUGUUAAAAAUACUUACGGUAUUUUGUUAAAUGUAUUUAUAUAUAAAACAACAAUUGGUGCUAGAUAAAGUUUUUUUUAAUCAAAAUACAGUGUU